ACGCGCAAGGUGCGGAAAAUCGACUGCGGAAACCGGUAUUGCAUACACUCGGCGAAACAUCCAAAGAUGUGCCCCAACUGUCAAUGCGAGAGGUACUACGGCCCGGACGCGAAGGAAACGGUCACGAAGCGCACGGACGAGUACUGCUCCGAGUGCCACUAUUGGUACCGCGGCGCUGGGGCCCAGCGUCGAUAG